GCGAUUUACUAGCGUAGUGCGCAAGUGCGUUGCCUGUAAAGUCUGUGCUCUGAAGUAAAGAUGGCGACGUCCCUUAUCUGUGGCAGGGUGUCGGUGGGGCUGAGAAACUCUGGAUCCAGGAGGGCGAUCAAUGCCGCAGCCAAGGUGCUUGGUGGAGCUUCAGGAUUAUUUGCUAGUCAUGGAUUCCAACAACUCCAGCAGCAGCAGAGGGCCCUCUCACUGCAUGAAUACAUGAGCAUUGGGCUGCUGAAAGAGUCGGGCAUCUCCGUACCCAAGGGAAUGGUGGCAAGCUCCGCUGAAGAAGCCUAUUCAGUUGCCAAAGAGAUAGGUUCCAAGGAUCUGGUAGUGAAGGCACAAGUCUUGGCUGGUGGCAGAGGAAAAGGCACAUUCGAAGGAGGCUUGAAGGGAGGGGUCAAGAUUGUUUUCUCCCCUGAAGAAGCCAGAGAUGUUUCCACCAAAAUGAUUGGGAAGAAGUUAUUUACAAAGCAGACAGGGGAGAAGGGCAGAAUAUGCAACCAGGUGUUUAUCUGUGAGCGCAGGUACCCAAGACGAGAGUACUACUUCGCAAUCACAAUGGAAAGGUCCUAUCAAGGCCCAGUUUUAAUAGGAAGCUCUCAGGGGGGUGUCAAUAUAGAAGAUGUAGCUGCAGAAAAUCCUGAGGCCAUCGUCAAGGAACCAAUUGAUAUUGUUGAAGGCAUCAAGAUGGAACAAGCUGUCAAGGUCGCACAAAAAAUGGGAUUCCCGCCUAACUUGAUCAACGAGGCUGCAGAAAACAUGAUCAAGCUGUACAAUUUAUUCCUGAAGUAUGACGCUUCCAUGUUGGAGAUCAACCCCAUGGUGGAAGACUCUUCUGGAAGCGUGAUGUGCAUGGAUGCCAAGUUAAACUUUGAUUCCAACGCAGAGUAUCGUCAGAAGAAAAUCUUUGAACUGCGGGACUGGAGCCAAGAAGACGAGCGAGACAGGCAGGCAGCCAAAUCUGAUCUCAACUACAUUGGCCUGGAUGGAGACAUUGGUUGCCUAGUUAAUGGAGCUGGCUUAGCAAUGGCCACAAUGGAUAUCAUCAAACUUCAUGGAGGGACUCCUGCCAAUUUCUUGGAUGUUGGAGGUGGUGCUACUGCUCAGCAAGUCACAGAUGCAUUUAAACUAAUCACUUCGGACAAAAAGGUGCUGGCCAUAUUGGUGAAUAUCUUUGGAGGUAUCAUGCGUUGUGAUGUUAUUGCACAAGGUAUUGUUAUGGCAGUUACGGAUCUGGACCUGAAGAUUCCUAUUGUGGUCAGAUUACAAGGAACACGAGUUGAUGAUGCAAAAGCUCUGAUAGCUGCCAGUAGCCUCAAGAUCCUGGCCUGUGAUGACUUGGAUGAAGCUGCAAAAAUGGUUGUCAGGCUUUCAGAAAUCGUAUCGCUGGCAAAAGAAGCUCAAGUGGAUGUGAAAUUCCAGCUGCCAAUCUAAUAAAGAAGAGCUGUGGUUCUGAAGCUUAUUCUUCACAAUACUGUUGGUUUAUUUUUUUCCUUUUUUUGUUUGCAUUUGUUUGGUGGCAUGAGCUCAACUUUAUUAACUGUUACACAGGGCCUGUGCAAAGCACAUGUGAUGUAUUGCUCUUGUAUCCCUGCAGGAUGUAUUUCCAUCUAGCUAUUUCAUACAAGCUUCCAAGGCAAUAAGAUCUUCCCAUAUAUAUAUAUAUAUAUAUAUAUAUAUAUAUAUAUAUAUAUAUAUAUAUAUAUAUAUAUAUAUAUAUAUAUAUAUAUAUAUAUAUAAUUACACACACAGUUCUGUUGUUUUAAAUGCGUAACUUUUCAUUAAGCUGCCUGUUGUUUCUUGAGAUAUUACGAGUCGAGAUUGGUUUAGUGUUGAUUUUCUCCUUAACAUUAACAUGUUAACAUAUUAGCCUUCGCUUAAAAGAAGCACCUGCAUCUCUUUUGUUAUAAACCUUGAUUUACCCAUAUCGACGGAAUGAGAAGAUAUUUAUUAAAAUGCUGUGUUCAAUCUUCUUAUUCUGUCAAUUUCUCAAGGUUCUCCCUUUCGUUGCACCACCCUAUACCAGUCUAUUCCUGCCUAGAAACUUUCAAACUCAUUCACCACAGAGAAUCAUGCUCAAAUCAAUGCUAGUGACACUUUGUGAAAUGGCCCUAAAUAUUUUCUUGACAAUGGACUGAAAUGUGCACUUUGUAAAAGGAUGAAUAGAAACGGUGAUCCUUUUCCUUCAGACCAUUAAUGUGACUUCCACCUGAACAAAGGCUUGCUGUAAUGUAGAUUGUCCUUGUGUUUGAUUUAAAUACCUUGCUGGAUUUAAGGAUGUGACUCAGUUCAGAAUUGAUACAAGUUGGAAUAAUUUCAUUCUGGAUGCACAUGCAGGUGUGGUUGGGAAUUCCUUCGUAGAAAGUAGGAUUUUCAUAACCUUUUUGUGUGUGCUGUUGAUUUCCAAAGAACUAUGUGUUCACUUAUACCCUGGAUGUAAAAUCCACUGUAAAUUCAGGAGUAUCCAGGUUUAAAGGGGAAACACUUGGGGUGUGCUGAUUACUCAUAUUUUCUAAAUAACUUCUAAUUAAAUGGAAUAAAACAUCGGUUUCUCAACACAAAACAAUGCAGACCCUCUGUUUCCCUCUAUAACACAAUUAUUGGGUAUCAAUCAAUAAUAAGCUGUUUACUAUAGAACCUGUUAUAAUCAAACUAACUAAAACUCAGUUAUAUUUUCUAAGCGAUUGUCUUGCCUGCAGAAGUUAAUUGCUAUUGAUUGGUACUCAAUUGCAAAGGGUAGAGAAGGGCAGCUUUUCUUGUUUUGAAAUCAACACAUUAAUAAAUAAUUGUGUUUUUGAUUUAUUUAAUACCUGCUGACAAAUUCUUCUUGAAAGCAAUUACUCAGAAAAUGAGUAUCCGCACACACCAGGUAAACACUGGUUACAAUUUGCUGCUAGAUCUACAUGCUUUAGAACACGACACGUAGCUCUUGAAAGUCAAUUAUCAGUUUACGGACGGUAAACAGAUUGAAAAUGUUUCAUUUAAAGAACUGCAGUUGCCUUCUUGUAUUCAACAGACUAUAUAAAACUGUUAUGCUUUCAAUGUGUUGCUGUUAUUUCCCUUGUAAAUAAGGAGGCCUUGCUGUAAAAUAUUUAAACAUAUGGUUAAAGACUCUUAGUUGAAGGGCAUUCACACAUUGAAAAUGUAAUUCUUCAAAUAAAUUGUGUUGGUGUUAAA